AUGUCUCCUUCCACAGAUGCUCCCAAACAAUUUAGCCAACCUUCCCGUAAGGGCAAAAAGGCGUGGCGUAAGAAUGUGGAUGUGACGGAGGUUCAAGAAGGUCUCCGGUUGUUGAAAGAUGAGGAGAUCAAAGGUGGUGUCCUGGCAGAGAAGCCGUCUGAAGAGCUGUUCACCUUCGAUACCACUGGUUCAACAGAAAUUCGCAAAGCAUUCGAGAAACAGCACAAGCCGUUGAAAUCAGAAGAAAUCAUUGCUCAGCGGUCGGUCAUCCCAGCAGUAGACACUCGCAAACGCAACAACUCCAAAGUGACAGAUGGUGUUCUCGAACCGAAGACUAAGAAACACAAGAGCGACUGGGUUACCCGCAAGGAUUGGCUACGCUUAAAACAGGUCGCUAAAGAGGGCAAGCCCACCAAAAAGGUCACGGAAGGUGAAUUCUAUGAUCCAUGGGUGGAUGCUGAAGACCCAACACCUGUGGAGGAUCCACAAUUUGAUUUCCUGGAGAAGCCGAAGCCGAAGGUUGCGCCUGUAACGCUAAAGGAAUCCCCGAUUUCACUUGCUGCAAAUGGAAAAGCGAUUCCUGCUGUCCGCACACCGAACGCUGGUACAAGUUAUAAUCCCACCUUUGAGGACUGGGAUAGUCUUCUACAGGAACAAGGAGCCAAGGAGGUAGAGGCAGAGAAAAAACGCCUGGAGGAGGAACGUAAGGAAGAAGAAAGACAGCGUCUGAUUGCCGAGGCCAAGGAUGACGACGGCGAGGUUAAGUCGGACGAUGAAAGUGCCUGGGAAGGUUUUGAAAGCGAGUACGAGACCCCGGAUUGGCUGAAGAAGAAGCGUCCAGAGAGAAAGACGAAAGCGCAAAGAAACAAGAUCAACCGACGUAAGGAGGCUGAGAGGCAAGCAAAAUGGGAGGCACAGAUGAAGAAGAAGGAAGACCAGGUUGAGCUGGCAAAAUCUCUUGCGGAGAAAUUGGAACAGCAGGCGCUUGAGCGCGCCGAGUCGUCCGACUCUGAGGGAGAAGGUGAUGAUACUGUUUUGCGGCGAAAGCCCUUGGGUGGAAGGACAUAUGCACCCGACCAAAAGUUGGAGGUUGUCCUACCAGACGAGCUGCAGGACUCACUGCGCUUGCUUAAGCCAGAGGGAAAUCUGCUCGAUGACCGAUUCCGGACGUUAAUCGUUCAAGGAAAGUUGGAAUCUCGAAAGCCGGUUUCACAACCCAAGAAGGCAAAGAGAAAGUUGACGGAGAAAUGGGGUUACAAGGAUUUCAAGGUUCCAGGCCUCGCAAUUUAUCGGAUUUAUCGUCGAUUCUGGAAAGCUGCUCCUGCGCAUCAAAUAUCUUUCUUAACACAAUGCAAUAAGACCCACCUGACCAUUGGAAUGGAUGUUAAAAACCUUUCCAGCAAUUGGAAGAAACUCCAGGAGACGCUGAAACAGAAUCCCACGUCCAGCUCUACAAAACGCAAGACAUCUGAUCGGGAAGGCCAAAAUGGUGUGUUAAAGAAGCGAAAAACGGAGACAGUCGAAGGGAAAACCAAACUUGAACAAUCUCGUGUAUCGAAAAAGAGGAAGAGAAUGGCCGACAGCGCUGCUGAUGGAGGCAAGGAUGUCGUCCAGGAAGCCGCUGUGAAAUCCAUCUCCCGGAAGAAUUCUACCGCCUCGAUUGCGCCGCGACCUGAAGUGAAGAUUGCAAAGGUCAAUGAGGGCCGAUCACCGACUGCUGAACUAGGUAAAUAUGUUGCGAUGGACUGUGAGAUGGUGGGAGUCGGCCCUAACCCCGAUAACGACUCGGCCCUUGCGCGUGUCAGUAUCGUCAACUUCAACGGUGAACAAGUGUAUGACUCCUUUGUACGUCCGAAAGAAAUGGUCACGGAUUGGCGAACGCAUGUGAGCGGCAUACUCCCGAAGCAUAUGGUGGAAGCCCGGUCCCUUGAACAAGUUCAAAAAGAUGUUGCCGAGCUUAUGGAUGGGCGAAUACUCGUUGGGCAUGCCUUGCGGAAUGACCUGGAUGCACUUCUUCUAAGCCAUCCCAAGCGCGACAUUAGAGACACUAGCAAACACCCACCAUAUCGGAAGAUUGCCGGGGGCGGUUCUCCCCGUUUGAAAAUGUUGGCUUCAGAAUUUUUAGGUCUGGAUAUUCAGAGCGGCGCUCAUUCUAGUGUGGAGGAUGCAAAAGCUACAAUGCUUCUAUACCGGCGAGAUAAAGAUGAAUUCGAGAAGGAACACCUGAAGAAAUGGCCGGUACGAGUGGUGGUUGAGAAGGAGAAUGGAGACGACCAGAAGAAAAAGAAGAAGAAGAAGAAGAAGACGCGCAAGAGGUGA